GAAAGUUGAAAAGACACUUAGGAGCGUAUGUAUACAAUAGUUCAUGAAUUGUGGGAACUCUCCAACACCAAAUGCCUAUAAAUAUGUGUAGCUUUUGUUCAUUGCUCACAAUAACCAUCCCACUUUUCCUUGUGCUUCUUGAGGCUAAGGAAGUUUGCAGAUUGGAGGAACAAAUGGCUUCUGUAAAGGCAGUUGCAGUUCCCAUUGUUUUGGCACUUUUAGGCAUGCUAAGUGUUCCUGUGAUGGGUAAAGAAAGUGUGGAAUGUGAAAAGCUGCCGGCAGAAAUGUGUGCUUUCUCUGUCUCAUCGUCCGGAGCUCGCUGUGUGCUCGAGAAGAAAUACUCUUUCGUCCCCUCCACACACGAAUCAUUAGUAGAAUACCAGUGCCAGUCAUCAGGCAUAUUGGCGGGCAAGAUGAUGGAAUGGAUUGAGAGUGAGGAGUGCCUGCAAAGCUGUGGUUUGCAGAGAAUGAGCGUGGGCAUGUCCACUGAGGGUCUUUCUCAAUAUUCUCACUUCACCUCUAAACUGUGCUCAGACAAGUGCCAAAACCGUUGCCCCAACAUUGUCAAUCUCUACCUCAAUCUCGCUGCAGGAGAAGGAAUAUAUUUACCUCACCUGUGUAAGGCUCACAAAACACGAAGCAGGAGAAUGAUGUUCGAGACUGCAUCUGCGCCAACUCUGAAGACUUUAGAUCUUGCUGAAGCAUUUGCACCUGCCCCUUACUAGAGCAUAUAUACUGCAUUGCCAAUAAUAUUGUGUUAAGCAAUCUAUAGAUUCAGGAUUUCUCGUACUGUAGAUCUCGUAAUGUUAGGCAUUCUAGCUAUGAAUCAAUUUGUCCGACUGAACACAGUCUAGCUAAAGUUAUUGGAUGAAAAGUACUUUAUUAGAAUAUGCAGAAACGGUUUUGGUCUUUUAUAGGCUUGUUUGCAAUCAGAUUCUACCUUGAAUAAAUGGCUGUUGAUAAUGAAUACAAUCAUAGCAUGAUUUUUCAACAAUGCACUCAUAUAACUGUCUGUUCCACACUCAGCAAUCAUUUACUUAUGAUCAGGAGUGUAUUUCUUCUGCACCGGUUAAAGAGGUCAACACCGAAAAUAGCUAUGUAAUUCAUCU